AUGACCUUUGCAUCCAAAUCCCCCACUGCCAUCAACCAAAUCAUCUCUCAGCUCUCUCAGCACUUCAAACUUUGUGACCUUGGUCUCACCACUCAACUUUUUGGCAUUAAGAUAGACAGAGACCAUCCUAGUUGCACCAAAUCACUCUCACAGCAU